GAGGAAAACGAAGAAUCGUCCAAAGCAGAUUUGUUAGAAUGCUCAGAUAAUAACUUCAAUUGCGUUGACUUCAUAGACGUCACCGACCUCGGAGGAAAGCUUAUUUCCUCGCUAAGGAUCAAAUCCGCUGGCGUUAACGAAAGCGUAGACUGCAUCCCUUGCAGUAGCAAUUUAAGCCAAGUGCUGGUUUGUAGAUCCAGGGUUAUAAUGAUUGGAAAUCACGGUCUUGUAGACAAGGAGAAUGUAACAUUGAGUUUGAGGAAGGAAGGUAUCACAAGAUGGGAAAGACACACGACUUUUUCUGCCGAUUCAAUGCACCUUUUACACCCAGAUAUGAUUUUUUCGCCCAAAAAUGAUUGUGUAGUCACGUGGAACACUCUCGACGGGGCCAAGGUAUACACGUUCUUCAUGCGGAAACUGGAGAGACAUUGCAGGUCUUUCUAA